AAAAAAUAAAAAAAAAUUGAAAAGUUCUAUUUUAAGUGACAAAAAUCUGGAAAAGUCUAUUUUUUUCAAGUCCAUAAACAAGAAACUUUAACUAAAGAAAAAAGGACUAAGAGUCAAUAUAUAAGAGAAAAAAGAAAAUAAAAACUAAAAAUCAUGUCUUUCCCUUACAACUGGAAACUCUGGAACUUAAAACCUUAAAAAAAAAAAAAAAAAAAAAAACCCAUUACCACUUCCUUUGUCUCAAAAGACAACAAUCACUUUCUCCAAUCAAAAACAAAAAACCUUCCUUUUUCAUGAAAAAAAAAAAACCCUUCUUUUCCUUACCCUAAAACCCCUGAUUUCUGUUUCCUUUUCUCUCUCUUUGUGCCUUUGAAAUGAUGUCAAGUAGCAGAGAAAGAGAAGAUUCAUUGACUUUUCCCAUAAACCCAUCAUCAUCCUCAUCUCCAAUUACACUUUCAGAACACCUUGAGAGUUUUCUCCAAGACCCAACUUCCCACAUCGGAAGUGCUUCAGGAAGUUACUCAAACGAAGGUCUUUUAGCUACUGAGAUAACUAGUCCUUGUAACAAUGAUGUUGAGUUUGGUUUCUCGAGGCCUGACUUUCGGCAGCAAAGUCCAAUCUCUGGCACUGUUCAGUACUAUCAACGCCAUGUCUUCCUUUGCUAUAAAAACCAAUCUGUUUGGCCUCGUAGGAUUGAGGCUGCUGAGUUUGAUCGUUUGCCUAGGUUGUUGUCUGCUGCCGUUUUGGCUAGGAAGACUGAUAUGAAAAAAGAGACUCGCUUAACAAUAUGUGAGGGGCAUGAUGGAACUGAGACAUCAAAUGGAGAUGUUUUAAUAUUUCCAGACAUGAUAAGAUACAGGAGAUUGACCCAUUUCGAUGUUGACACAUUUGUUGAAGAAGUUCUUGUCAAGGAUGGUGAGUGGCUGCCUUUAACUCCUGAAAAACUAGAAGGAUCAUUCGUUUUUGUUUGUUCUCAUGCAUUGCGAGAUUUCCGCUGUGGAGUUUGUGGACCUGUACUGGUUACCAGAUUCAAAGAAGAGAUAGAACUGUAUGGUCUUCAAGGUAGAGUGUCUGUUAGCCCAUGCUCACACAUUGGGGGGCAUAAGUAUGCAGGAAAUGUUAUUAUUUUUGGAUCAAGUAUCAAUGGAGAAGUUACAGGACACUGGUAUGGGUAUGUUACUCCAGAUGACGUACCUAAGCUGCUAGAGAGGCAUAUCGGAAAGGGAGAAAUUAUAGACUUGCUGUGGAGGGGUCAAAUGGGUUUAUCAGAAGAAGAACAGCAGAAAUGUCAAGAACUAAGGCACCUAGCAAAUUGUGAGACCACCAUAGAAGGAAACACGAAGGAGGCAACAGAAAGACAAGUGGAUGAGGUGAACACGACCGCCUGUAGGUCUCAAGAUGAGCCUGUAAGCUGUUGCCAGGGAAAUGGCAGUGCUUCUUGUUAUCAUGACCCUGCACUACCUGAAAACUUGGAUAUUCUGGAUACUGAUGAGGGGGCAGUAAAGUUGACAACAGAAAAGAAAAAGGGUAGCAAGAAACCUAUUUCGAAGAUCACUAAUGGCAAAGGUGCUGCUGUGCGCAAGGUUUGUGCCAAGCCAACAUGGUUUGAGAGCUGGGAGCGUGAAGAUACGUAUGCUGCUCUUGCUGUGGUUUGUGCUGCUGCAUCAAUUGCUGUUGCUUAUAGCUGCUAUAAACAGCUAAGUUAGAAAUUUGAUAUGUUAUUUGCAUUGUUGAUAUUAAUCUGAUGUUUCGGAGUAUUCUCACAUCCAUCUUAAGUUUGAUAUGCAAUUACUCAGGUGAGGGUACUUGAGUUCUUGCUUUAGCUAUGUGUGUUAGUUAUGUUGCUGCUAGAAUUUCAUUUAGCUUCACUGACAACCACAUAUCAGUAUGCUGGUCCAAGACUCUUGUAUUCUAUUAAAUGAUAUGAAGGGUACAACAGUGGAUGAACUUGCAAUUGCAUCAGAUGUGAGGGAAUGGUGUACUAUAUUCCAUGUAAAACGGCUCAUUU